AUGACGAUACCAGACCCGGCUAACAUCAUUCACAAUGACGCCGGCACUGCCUCGCCUCACCAUAUCUGGGCUGACGUCGGCGAUAGUACAUCAUCAUCCCAACACGAGGCCACCCGCUCUCGUUCUGAUGAUGCCAACGGAGGUGCAAGCGCCAGCAUGCAUGCUCCACAACAUGUCAAGGCCAACCGUGCUGCUCAACCCACCUACGAUUCCUCCGACUUGCCUUCCUUUGGCUUAUCUGCCAGGCUGACCCGCGACAGCUCCUCCUUUGGCUCCAAGCCUUCUUCCUCCGCCAGCGAUUCUCGCAGACCCAAGUUCGCUCCCUACGAAGCCGAAAACCUGUGGGCGACCUCUUCAACCACCUCACAUCCUUCCAAGGCCUCGCAAAGCACCUUGUCUCCCAACGCCUCCGUCUUCAAGCCGUCCCGAUCCUUGCAACCGAAUCACUUUGAGCCUCACGCUGUUGCCAACGUCCAUGACUUCGAUGACCCACUUAACAGCGCAUACAGCUCAGACACGGUCUCGCCUCGUCCUGACCAUGCUCCUCUCGACCACGAACAACCGCAGCAACCCUCUGCCUUGGAUCCUGUUGCGGUAUCCAAAGUCGAAGAGCAACGAGGUGACCACUCGAUCCCACACCAGAAUGGGCUCGUCAGCGCACAAGCUCAGACAGCCUCCGAUGCUGUGUCAACCUCGAAAUAUACCACUGAGGCUGCAGACCAAGAGGAAGAUCAAGAUGACUUUGUCUACCCAGGAGCCGACAGCCCAAGUAGCGGCCAAGCAGCGGUGCAAGAUGAGCAGCAAGCUGUCACCGACUCGCAGACGACCAAAUCUCUAACAAAGCAAGAAUCGGACCCCGAAGCGUCUUCCACCAGCCUCAGCGCCCCGGCAGAAGCCGAGCACAUCGUCGUCGGAAGCGCCGCAGAACAGUCUCUGACUUCUUCGGCACCAGCCGAAACAGCAGUGCACAUUGACUACGACACUCUGGCUCAGCUCUGCAGCCGCGGUCCACUUUCCGAUCUGCAGUCGUUCUUUCACACAGCCCAAGAAUCCGGUCUCUCCAUGUUUUCUCUCUCCAACGACCCAAACCCGGGCAAUGGCCUUGUACCGCUCCACUUUGCCGCCAAGGACGGCAAGACCGACAUUGUUCGUUGGCUCAUCACCCAAGCCGGCGCUAUCGUCGAGAUGGAAGAUCGUGAAGGCGAGACCGCCCUGCACAAAGCCGCCAUGGCAGGCAAGCUUUCUGUCGCUUCCUUGCUCCUCUCCCACGGCGCCGAUGCCAACGCUCAAGAUGCAGACGGCUGGACUGCGCUUCACAAUGCCUGCAGUCGAGGUUAUCUCGACCUCGUUCGGCUCCUCGUUGAUCGUGGCCAUGCACAAAUCGACGUUCAAGGAGGCAGAGGGGCAUGGACGCCCCUCAUGAACGCCGCCUCCAAAGGCCAUCUCCCCGUCGUACGCCAUCUCACCGCAAAGUAUCACGCCGAUCCCUUUGUGCGCAAUGCUGCCGGAGAGACUGCCUUUGACGUCGCAGCCGCCACCUUUGAAGUCUAUAUUUGCGAGAUUCUCGAGCGCUAUGAGGCAGAACGCUGGAAUGCCUCCAAAUUUACUACCUCGUCCCCUUCUCGCUCUGGCGCAAUCGUUCCGGGUCGCGGUCCCUACGAGCCACUUGCCUUACAUACUACCAUCCCCGUCAUACUGCACGAGAAUCAGCGACUUGACACCCGUCUCCAGACGCUCGCCCUGAACGGUGGCAAGCCUCGAUGGAGCUCAUCUAGCGCCGCUCGCGCCCACAAGCCAGACAGACGUUCGCCCAGCUCCAUGCCGCCCGGCCCUCUCGCUCCCAGUCGCACGCGUCAUGUACCCAUGCGUCAGGACGAUGUUGGCCUUCCUACACGCUCUCUGCCCUACAAGCUGCGUCUUCGAUCCCGUGUUGGUCCUGCCGCCGCCCGACGACGAGCCGCUGCUCUGGCAGCCCAGCAUACACCCAAUCCGCAAGACUGCCACGACGACGAUUUAGCAAGCACUCCCACGCCCGAGUCCGUCCUGCAAGCUCGCCGAGGCACGUCGUCAGUCAAUGGCGCAUCUGCCCAGCAUGCCGACGCUGAGUCUUCGCACUUUUGGCUCUGCGAAUGGCAGUUGGACACCACUCAUCCGCUCGUAGACGUCGAACACGGCUGGCAGUAUGCUCAGUCCUUUGAUGCACUCGAUGACAAGUGGUCGUCUCAGCCCCCGCCGCCCCUCGAGCGAUUGCUCGAAGGUCGUGGUCUCAGUGCCUCGGUCACCCGUGCCAUUACCGGCGGAGCCGGCUUCGCCAAUGCGCAGGCCGAGCAAGAGAUUUCCUCAAGCAGCUGGGUGCGCCGAAGACGAUGGAUACGCGUUCUGCGACGUCGCCUCGACAUCGAAUUCGGCGAUGACCUCGAAGCUUGCGAGGGUGCCACCGGUGCUGGCGCAGAGCAUCUGGUACUCAGUUCAGAAUCUCAAUCGAACGGAGAUGGCAGCCAUGGUUUGUCGACCGCUGCCAUCAUGGCCGCCCAAGAGGCUGCCAAGUCGGAAUGCUCACAGCUCGGUCCAGACGCCGACUAUGUCAGUCGAGCCAAAGCGCUUGCUGGACCCAGCGCAGCCUCUGGCGCCACGCCCGCUGAUGCCAUGGGCGCUGAUCGCGACGAACUCGCCAGGCGUAUCGCUCGUCUCGUCAUGGCCAAUACAGAGCUGCGCGCCGCUUUCGAAGACGAUGACGUCGAGCGUAGAAGCCGCGCUGAAGAGCUGCGAAAGGAGUACGCGCUGCAGCUCGGACAACUGCGCGAGGCCGCCGGCUUGGACGAAGACGAGGACGAGGAUGCGGCCGAUGACGAUGACGAUGAAUUCAUCUACCCGAACUCGUACAAGGACGAUGGCGCGUCUGUCUUCACUCGUCUGGUCAACGGCGAGACUUCAGGCACCCUCUCUCGACCCUCACUCUCUCAGCGACAGAGUAGUGCCGCCUCGAUGCUGCGCAACAGUGUCGCGCCGUCCGAGGCCGGUACGUCGCUCGCUGCCGCACGCAGCGCUGACCUCGCCGCCAACCGUGAGUUCCGCGUGCCCACCAACGAGGCGCCAAAUAAGGUUGUGCUGCGCCAUGGCCCCACCAUGCGCGAGCAGAACCUGCAGCCACAGUGGCAGCGCGACGAAGAGGCCAAGGACUGCAUAGGCUGCGGUCGCCACUUUACCUUCUUCCUCCGCAAGCAUCACUGUAGAAGAUGCGGUCGCAUCUUUUGCGACGCUUGUUCGUCCAAGCGCGCACAGCUCAGGAUGGCCGAGCUCGUCGUCGAUCCGAGCCUUCCCAGCAUGGCAGCUUCAGAAGUGCUCGCGCCGACGCGCGUCUGCAACGGCUGCCAUGCCGAGUUGCAGCUACCACCUCAGUUGCAAAAUAUGAGGGGGGCUGAUGCCAUGAUGGCUGCCUCGCGAUCGCGUGGUGCCGACGAGGUUUCCGGACGCUCGAUCUUGGAGACGCAACUGGAAGACGGCGCGUUUCGAUCCACGCUGGCACCCCCGAGCGAUGUCUCGAGUCGGGCCAGCGAGCUGACCGAGUGUCCUGUCUGCUCCACCACGCUCUCGGCCCUCGGCGGUUCCGAGGAGCAGGAGGCUCACGUACGCAACUGCCUCGAAAACGGUGGAGGCGGGAGCAUGCAAGGUGGAAGGUACCUCGUCUACAAGCUGCCUGAGGACUCGCCAAUCGUGGGCAAAGAGUGCUCGAUCUGUAUGGAGGACUUUGUCGCCAACAGCACCAUUGCACGUCUGCCAUGCUUGUGCUACUUCCACCGUGGUUGUAUCGACUCGUGGUUCAAGCGAGGUCGCGAAUGUCCUGUGCACGCCAGAGAUUGGUAG